AUGCCUGACUUUUCCAUGGAAUUCACCAACGCCUCCAAGACCGUAUUCAGCUACGAGAGAGGGGAAUAUCCUGCCGAUCCAGUCGUUGACACCAUCAACCAAUCUCCGGCCAAAGAACUCGCCAAAUUCUCCACCGAGACCUACUCUUGGUCCCAGGCUGCCUCGAGCAUCGUCUCCUACAAUGACGGCUCCUGCUACUGGAACGACUCGGCCUCUGGCCAGUGGUUUGGCGUCAAGAUCCAUGCACCCGUCCAGGUCUUCAUGAUCGGCACCGCACCCUAUUACCAGGUCUCGUACUGGACUGGCAACGAAUCGACUUCAAAGAAGGACUGGUUCACACCUGUCAACGACCCUUCUACCGUCUACGAUUUCCCUUCAGAUGUCAAGUGGAAGAUCAGAAUCCAUCCCACUGCUGCUCAUACGACCCUGCAGCUGGCCAUCUCGAUCUCAGACAAAUAG